CACAAACUCCUUGGGUGGCCCCCUGAGGCAGCGACACCUCUGAGGGGUGGGAGCCCAGCCGAUUGCAUAAUGCACUUCAACUAAGUGACCAAUAACUCUUGACACUCUCUCUUGUCUACAUGCUGUUUUGAAGUUCGUCCUCAGUGCAGGUCAACAGAGUAAGAACAGCAGCAGUACCAUGGCCGCCUUCCUUCACCACUGCCCCUUCCUGAAGUCCGUACCCAAGCAGGCUUUGAGGAGGACAGGACCCGCCUUGCUGUCUCUGGCCGAUCAGUGCCCCAUCAUCGCUCGCCAGAUCACCGUGGGCCAGCUGGCCUCUCUGGACGCCAAGCUGGGCAUCUCGCCCACCAGACCAAUGAGUCACAGACUUCCCGCAGCGGACCAAAGGAGGAUGUCUGCUCAGACGGCCACCCGGGUGGCUGUGUCCGUGUCGAAGGACUGCCCCUUUGUCACCUCUCAGAUUGGGAUGGUCCGCGCGAGCCCUGAAGUACAGGAGGACGUCAAAGAAGGUUUUAUGACUUCUCUGUUCAAAGGAUUAAAAGAUCCAAUCACAACAACAUCAGUUCAAAACAACACUGUCACCCACCAACUUAAAGACAACAUGGUCGGCCCCAGCUACGACUACGACCGCUUCUUCCUUGAGAAGAUAGGAGAGAAAAAGAAGGACCACACAUACAGAGUCUUCAAGACGGUGAACAGGAGGACCGAGGUCUUCCCUUUCGCAGAGGAUUACUCCAUCUCUGGGCGGGAGGGCUCCCAGGUGUCCGUCUGGUGCAGCAACGACUAUCUGGGGAUGAGUCGGCACCCGCAGGUCCUCAGUGCCAUCAGAGAUGCCCUGGACCGGCACGGUGCUGGAGCAGGUGGGACCAGAAACAUCUCGGGCACCAGUAACUUCCACGUGUCCCUGGAGAAGGAGCUCGCCCAGCUGCACCAGAAAGACGCCGCCCUGGUCUUCUCCUCCUGCUUUGUGGCAAAUGACUCCACCCUCUUCACUCUAGCCAAAAUGAUGCCGGGGUGCGAGAUCUACUCUGAUGCAGGGAACCACGCAUCAAUGAUUCAGGGCAUCAGGAACAGCGGCGCAAAGCGCUUCAUCUUCCGCCACAAUGACAGCCGACACCUGGAGGAGCUGCUGCAGCGCUCCGACCCCAAGACGCCCAAAAUUGUGGCAUUUGAGACUGUGCACUCGAUGGAUGGUGCCAUAUGUCCUCUGGAAGAGCUGUGCGAUGUCGCUCACCGUCAUGGAGCUCUGACGUUCGUUGAUGAAGUUCAUGCCGUGGGCCUUUAUGGACAACACGGAGCUGGAGUGGGAGAGAGGGACAGUAUCAAGCACAAGAUCGACAUUGUGUCCGGGACCUUGGGGAAGGCAUUCGGCUGUGUGGGAGGCUACAUUGCGAGCAGCGCCGCCCUAGUGGACACGGUGCGCUCCUUCGCAGCGGGCUUCAUCUUCACCACCGCUCUGCCACCGAUGGUCCUGGCUGGAGCCCUGGAGUCUGUGCGGGUCCUGAAGAGCCCCGAGGGCCAGGCGCUCCGCAGGGCCCACCAGAGGAACGUCAAACACAUGAGGCAGCUGCUCAUGGACAAUGGCCUGCCUGUGGUCAACUGCCCCAGCCACAUCAUCCCCAUACGGGUGGGCAACGCUGAGCUGAACACCAAGGUGUGUGACACCCUGCUGGAGAGACACAACAUCUACGUCCAGGCCAUCAACUACCCCACAGUGCCUCGUGGUGAGGAGCUGCUGCGCCUGGCCCCGUCCCCUCAUCACAACCCCGCCAUGAUGGAGUACUUUGUGGAUGCACUGGUGGAGGUGUGGCAGGAGGUGGGGCUCCUGCUCAACCGCCCGGCCACGGCCUCCUGCACCUUCUGUGACCGCCCGCUGCAUUUUGACCUCAUGAGUGAGUGGGAAAAGUCCUACUUCGGUAACAUGGAACCACAAUACAUCACUGUGUCUGCGUAAUACCAAAGUGCACUCGAGUUUCUCUACACAAGUCACAUACACAGUAUGAAUUUGAUGCUAUAUUUGACAUUAUGCUAAAUUAUUAAGUACUAAUGGAGAGACUUUGCAUUUGUGAUUAAAUGUUCUUUUAAGUCAGUGGUAUGGACGGGACGCCAGUAUUUACUCAUGUUUUGCUGUAUUUACGUAAAGUAAAUUGUGCUUGAAUAUCAUUAAAGAAAAUUGUGCCUCCCGCAAUUUAAAAACUAAACCUGCACAUCGGGCACUUUCUUAAAUCUUUAACCUGAUCGUGAUGGUUUGAAAUAAACCAUGCAGUUAGUUGAUUUCAUGUCGUGUUCCUUUAUAACCAUCAUGACCAUCAUGUAUUUUUUCCAUUUUCACAAUUAUUCAAUUAGCGCUGUUUCAGCCAUGAUAUGUAUGAACAACAAAAGUGAACUGGUUCAUAAAAUAAGUGGAAAAUAAAAAAAAUCAAUAAAAUAUCUAUGAUGCACAGUC